CUGAUAUGGAUGUUGAUUUAGACUACAAGGUUAAAAAACUUACCGUGAGAUUCUCUGAAAACUUACACAUAGUAGCCAAUGAACCGUCCCUAGCGCUGUAUCGUCUUCAAGAACAUGUCAGAAAGACUCUUCCAGUGUUGUCAGAUAAACGAGUUGAGAUGAAAAACAUACAACAGGAAGUCCAGGGAAUGUGUUACGAUGCAGAGUAUGCUACAAAAGCGGUGAAAAAAAUGCAGAAUAGUGGAUCACAUUUCACAGCCAUUGAUGAACACCUCAAGAAAACAAUGUAUUUAAAGCAAGAGCUUGAUAAAGUCAAGCCCAGAAGGACACCAAGUAUUUCCAGCACAGGUAAUCAACCAAUCAGUUCUACGAAUACCGACCAAACAGCGAAGACCGUUGGUAGAGAAGAGACACCAGUUUUGGAAAAAUCAAACAUCAAUGAAGAAAGGAAUGAGGCAGGUGGUCAGAGAAGUUAAUUCCAGAUGUUGUGUUUUCAUAUUUAUGUUCAAGUUUGCAAAUUGCUGGUGGGAUCAGUAAGAAUUGCUUUGUAUACUACCGGUAUGCAUCAUCACCGAUUUCACUGUUAUUCAACGUUAAUGUCAUGUCAUGUCAUGUAAUGUACAACUAUGAUGUAAG